AUGGGUAAGGGAACUGGAAGUUUCGGUAAGAGGAGGAACAAGACCCACACACUCUGUGUGAGGUGCGGCCGCCGCAGUUUUCACCUUCAGAAAAGCCGGUGCUCGGCGUGUGCUUACCCUGCUGCUCGCGUCAGGAAAUAUAACUGGAGUGUUAAGGCAAUCCGCAGAAAGACCACUGGAACUGGUAGGAUGAGGUACUUGCGCAACGUUCCUCGCCGAUUCAAGAGUGGCUUUAGAGAGGGAACUGAAGCUGCACCUAGGAAGAAGGGAGCUGUCACUGCUUAG